GAACGUGCAAUUAAUAAACACAAUUAUCCUGUAGACGCCGGAAAAUUAAAUGACUUAUCUUUGUAUGUAGAAUUAUCUCUGUUUAUAUGUAAACAUUGCUGUAAUGAAACACAAAAGAUUUGAUUAUUUUAAAAACUACAGCUGUUCUUUCUGUAAACAUUUGUGUACCCGCUGUAACGACAACAGGUGGUAAGGAGGUUGGACAGAAAGAGAGAGAGAGGGAGAGAAGAGAAGAGAAGAGAGAGAGAGAGAGAGAGAGAGAGAGAGAGAGCCCCUCCUCUCUGCUCCUGUAGCUCCAUCAGUGAUCAGCCAGCAGACGGAUGUAUCCUCUCCGUUUUUGCUUGUUGUUUUAUCCAUCCAUCCUCGCCGUCAACCAUUUAUCUCUCAUCUCUUCAUUUCCAGGGGCGUCACAGGGGUUCACUGGACCUGUAUUCACUGUAAGGCAGUAAAUACAUGUGUGAGUUAGCUUGUGUGUAUACAUGAGCGGCUGGUCUGCCCGUGGAUCCGCUGACAUGAGGGGCUGAAACUAGACGGAGAAGGAUGAAAAUGCUUCGGUUCCGCAGAGCCAGCAUCCAGUCCAUGGACGAGGAGACCCUGUGCACGAUUCGGUUACUGGACGACUCCGAGAUCUCCUGCAGCAUCCAGAGAGAAACCAAAGGCCAGUUCUUGUUGGAGCAUGUAUGUAACCACUACAACCUCCUGGAGAGAGACUACUUUGGUAUAAGAUAUGUGGACCCCGAGAAACAGAGGCACUGGCUGGAACCCAACAAGCCUGUGGUGAGGCAGAUGAAAUCAGCUCAGCAGCCUUACAUCAUGUGCUUCAGGGUGAAGUUUUAUCCCCAUGAACCAAUUAAAAUCAAAGAGGAGCUAACCAGGUAUCUCCUCUAUCUCCAGCUGAAGAGAGACAUCUACCACGGUCGCCUCCUCUGUCCGUUUGCUGAAGCUGCCUAUUUGGGAGCCUACAUUGUUCAGGCUGAGCUCGGAGACUAUGAUCCAGAGGAGCAUCCAUCAGACUACAUCAAUGACUUCAGGCUGUUCCCUAAACAGUCCCUGAAACUGGAGAGGAAGAUAAUGGAAAUACAUAGGAAUGAGCUCAGGGGACAAAGUGCUGCCAUCGCAGAGUUAAACAUGCUCCAAAGGUCUCACAGCCUGGAAACGUAUGGAGUGGAUCCUCAUCCUUGCAAGGACUUCACUGGCUCCACAGCCUUUCUCGGAUUUACUGCCAUAGGCUUUGUGGUCUUCCAGGGAAACAAGAGGAUCCACCUCCUCAAAUGGGCCGACGUCAGUAAGCUGAAGUUUGAAGGAAAGACAUUUUAUGUCAUUGGAAUUCAAAAGGAGAAGAAACUGCUGUUGACAUUUCACACCCCCACCCCUGCAGCCUGUAAGCACUUAUGGAAGUGCGGGGUGGAGAACAAGACCUUUUACAAAUGCAUGAAGUCCAGUCAGAUAAAGACCGUUUCCAGCAGUAACAUCUUCUUCAAAGGCAGCAGGUUCAGAUACAGUGGGAGAGUUGCUAAGGAAGUGAUUGAAGCCAGUUCUAAGAUUCAGAGAGAACAACCUGAGGUGCGCAGAGCCAUGUUUGGUCAAAGUCGAAGUUUCAACUCACUCAGUCGUAAAAACCUCAUCAUGAACAUGGAACCCCUGGUACCUGCACUGCCUUCUACCAAUGAGUAUGAGGAGAUGGCCACGGACAACGGUGUCAUUGUUGUGAAGGAACCUCUUCCCCUGUCUCCUCUCAAACCUCCAGCCACACCCACAGAAUGUGAGCUACAGAGCAUGGAAGGAGAAAACCCAUCUUUAAGCAACAACCUCCAGCCUCCCCAUGUUUUCAUGGAAACAACAAAUAUUCGAUCUCAGUCACCAAAAACUGAAGAAGAAAUAAAGGAAGAAAAGCAGACCAGUAGUGAAGUUACUAUUUCUGAGAUGACCUACAGCCCCUGUGCCAGCAUGCUGCCCACACCAGUGGAUGACAGUCAGGGAGGAGUGGAUUCCAUUUUCUCCUCUCACGUCCAGAGCCCUGCCCGGCUGCUAAGGGAGCUUCACGCUGACCCGGACAUCCAGGCGCAGCUGGAGGCCGAGAGGGAGCGAGAUCAAAUCUAUGAACCAACCAGGUUGGCUGCCAGAAGUCCAGUGGGCAGAGUGCUUAGCCUGCACCUGCUGUCAUCAAAUGACAGGGUCAAUGCGUGUCUUUUGAGCAUGGCCCGUUUCAUUGCUGUGGUCUCGGGGAUCCUGAUUGUCACUGUGCCCAUGCUGCUGCUGCUGCUGGAGUCUGACAUUGACGUGUCAUUCCUACACGAGAUCCGUCAGACACCAGAGUUUGAGCAGUUUCAUUACGAGUACUACUGUCCAUUCCGGCGCUGGGUCCUUUGCAAGGUCAGUAUGGCCAUGGAUAACUUUUGGUCUGACUAACGAGAAAUUGACUGGACGGUGUUGAAAAGCCAGGGUAAGAAGUCAGUGUCUGUGUUAACAUAUAAUUAAAUCCAUCAUUCAGUCUUAAAAAGAAAUACAAGUCCAGCAGCGGUAAAGGAUUAUUUCUAAUUUGAAGGGCUCCACAGAUUUAACAUAAAAUGUUUGUAAUGGAAACAGAGGCCUGAAAUGGAAAUGCUGUCAAGUUAGUUCUCAUAGAAUUAUAAUGAGACAAGAAUUAUUUUCACCUCUGUUGAAUCAGUAACAGUGAGAAGAGAGAUAAGGACAAAGUAAUAUAAUAUCAGAGGAUCCAAUUAAAUAUUAAGAUGGACACAGAUGAUAGCUGAGUGAACAAAAACUGUGGGAUGAGACUGUUUUUUGGGACUAAGACAAAAAAGGCCAUGAUAAAAAGAUUGAGCAAAGUUGUGAUAAUAGAUGGAUAAGAGAAGAAAACUAGGUUGGUUCUGUAUUAGUUAAAGUUGAAUCCAUUUGUUUACUCCUGAUGCUGACGAGGUGACACAGGCACCUCGCGACAAAUAUCGCAGAUCCUUCUGAUAAGACUUCUGAUUGGCUCCAGAGCCUGUCAGUUAUGACGGAGUUUGUGAAAAAAAGAAAUUAAGGAGGAAAACUGAUUUGUCGCUGAACACAACAAUACCUACAGUUUGAAGUUCAUUAUGUACAAAUAUAUAUUUGAAAAAAAGACAAAACAGACUAUUGAUUACUAAAAAAACAAACAAACUUAGAUUUCUUGUUUUUAGAGGUUUUGUACAUUUUUAUGUGAUCAGAUCUUUCAGGAAUUUUUCAGUCAGAAGAUCUACUUUGAAGCUUAUUUUGAAAUUAAGAGUUUACAAAAGAUAAAAAAAAUGAUUGUUUAUUGAAGUAUAUUAAGGUUGAAUAAUUAAAAUUGUUUUUCAAACUAAAGUCAGCCUUUGUUGACAUUGGGGUGGCCUGGGGUUUUUGUUUCCCAACAGAGGCUACUGUAUAGCACAAAGCUUUUACACAGACCACAGACUCUAACUGUUUCAGAUUAAAGUGAUGUCAAAUCAGAAAUAAAAGGGAGGCUUGAGAGAACUUUUAUCGUUUUGUGAUGAUGAUACAUUUGUUUAUCUCCUUAAUGUCUUUAGAUUUAAAAAAAAAUUACUUUCAUCAUCCUGUGUCAGAAAUAUGUUUAGAAAUGCGUAGAGAAAUAUAAAGAGAGAAACAGGUUUGUUAUAGAGGUAUGAUGGAGUCACUGUUUGUUGCUUAAUAUCAUAGUGUUGAGGUCUGGGUUAUUAAUUUGUUAAAAGUCAACGGGGUAAUAUUUAAAUGGAGGCUGUGUUUAUGUUUGAAUAGUACAGGUGGUUCAAUGAACGAGUAGCAGAACAGGUGUAAACUGUACAUUUCUGGCUGUUCUGGUGUUGAAUUCAUAAAAGCUAAUCUACAUCCUUCUAGUCACUACAUUAUGUUAGUCUAUGGUAUGGUAUUCAUUGGUCCUUCACUGUUGAUACUCACAUUACUGCAGGUAUUUUCAUAACAUUAGUAAACCAAGGCAGUUUCGUUUUAAAGUAAGCAGAUGAUAAGACAAAGUUCAGUACAGUGUAGGGGAAAAAACUUAAUGUCCUGUCCUAACCAAACAGUUUUUGUUUUUUAA